AUACGUGACUUCCGGUCGGUGAGACGUGGCUUGGGGGUAGGAUAAUCAACAAGACAGUUAACGCUGUCUCCCGUCCUUCUCAUUUCAGGCUGCGACUCAGCUGUACUGGAUGGCAGGGACAAGCCGGAGGAGACAUUUCAGCAUUCUCGGCAGGACUCCUUUCUGCAUUGCAGCACCCUGCAUGUUGAUCAGGAGCACUCUACGGAAGUCUGGCCUCAUGAGCGCUGGGCCUGGGAGGCCCAUUUGGGCUCUGGCUGCUGUUCUGGUCGGUGCCACCUUGCUGGCCGUCACCUCUACAUCCUCUUCCAGUGAGAAGAAAGUGGCUCAGACAGCGCUGGCUCAUGCAACGGCAGCUGCUGCAGGCCCAGGUACCUGGUGCGCCGAGGAGAUGCUGGGCUUCCACAGUCUCACCAAGCUGCUGUCCGGAGAGGGCGUAGAUGUUUGGUUCUGCUCCCUUGUGGGUUCUAUUGCUGUGGGGCUCAGUGGUAUCUUCCCCCUCCUAGUGAUCCCUAUUGAGGCAGGAGCAGCACUGAAAACUGAGGCUGGCUGCCAGAACCUAAAGAAGCUGCUGAGUUUUGCAAUUGGAGGUCUCCUUGGUGAUGUCUUCCUCCACCUCCUCCCUGAAGCUUGGGCUAACACAUCCAGCAAUAACCAGAGAGAGAAACACUACCGUACCCAAGGCUUGUGGGUGGUUAUGGGACUGUUGUCCUUCCUGCUGCUGGAGAAGAUGUUUCCAGAUGAGGAGAGUGCUUCAGAGAGCAGUGCCAUAAAUCAUGCCAACAACUCCUCUUCAGCAGAUCACCAGUGUGACUAUUCGACAUCCUCAGAGGUAAACGGCGUCUGCUCCAACAACAAUUCCAACUCCAAGCCAACGACUGACAUCAGCUCACAGCCUGGACGAGAGAAGAUAAAGACGAGUGGCUAUCUGAACCUUCUGGCCAACUGUAUUGACAACUUCACCCACGGCCUGGCAGUAGCAGGGAGCUUCCUAGUCAGCAGGAAGGUUGGCUUUCUGACAACCUUUGCAAUCCUACUGCAUGAGAUCCCCCAUGAAGUGGGAGAUUUUGCUAUUCUGCUGCGUGCUGGGUUUGAUCGCUGGAGUGCAGCACGCAUGCAGUUAUCCACGGCACUGGGUGGGGUUCUGGGGGCGUGUUUUGCUCUUUCUGCUCAGUCACAGCAAGGCGCAGAAAAUGCUGCAGCCUGGAUCCUGCCCUUCAGCUCUGGAGGCUUUCUAUACAUUGCAUUGGUCAAUGUGGUGCCUGAUCUUCUGGAGGAGACCAACUUCAGACAUUCUUUACUACAGAUCCUGUUGAUCUUUUGUGGUGUCGGAGUCAUGGCACUGCUUUCUGCUAUAGCGGAGUAGCCUGAGGACAACACUGCUCUCACUUAAAGACUUUCUGAAUAAAAGACUGACAUCUACCAGGUUGGAGAAUUGAUAGACAAUUCACUCCACUGUUUAAGCUUUUAAAAAGGUUUAAGACUGACCCAAAGAGAUGUUCAGACGAUCAGGUUUGUUAGUGUUAUAUAUAUCUAUAUGUGUGUGUAAUUCAUUUGUGUUGGACAUAUACACAGGCACUUUGAAUUAGAAAUAUAGCUGACAAGCACCAGCACAAACGGUGAGAAAAGAGGGUACAAAAAACAAACUGCAAUGAUUGCCUUGUUACAGUGAGUACACGAUCGGAAAAAGAAAGAUAUACAGUGAAUAUAUUAAUGACUGUCGCGUUACUGUAUAUAAUCUUGUCAAAUAUUUAGCUGAACAUCGCAUGAUCUGUAUAAUAUGGGUGCUUAACAGUAUGCCCAUAAAACUAUGCAUUUUGUUAAUAGAAAUAAGAGUAUACUGUUUAGCUCAAAUUUCCAACCUGUUAGUUAGACUGGUUGCUCUAGUACUUGGCAGACUGUCUUGAUUUUCUGCUGUCUUAUCAAUUCUCACAAAGGCAUGGUUGAAUUUAAUGAGCAGCCUUGGGUAUUCAUGGUAGGAUGUAUGGUUAAGCAACCCACACACUCACUUAGGCACCACAGGCAUAAUGUAUUCAUGAACUCCCCAUAGACAGUCAUAUCAGGUGCACUAACUUAACUUUCCUUUCCAAGUAUUAUUAUGCAACUUUAAAUUCUGUGUAUUUAAGCAUGCUGCUUUACUUUUUGUAAGUGUUAUUUUUCACAAAUUUUAUAUUGUUCCACUACACCACAUGGCUUUAACUCUAGAGAAAUGGGGAUGCUAACUUCUAUUUAGCCGCUUAGUGUUUUAGAGCCUUAGUGUUAGCCAUUUGCAUUACUAGUUUAUUCCUUAUCUUAUUGCUUUUGGAUUUUAAGAGGUCAUGACUGAAGCUGACAGAGCAUACAUGAAGUUUGUAUAAUGAGAUAUUAAUCAAAUAUUUCUCACAGGACUUGUCGCCUUUUUAUUAAGCUUGAAAUCACAUUGUACAAUUUUCCCAAGUAUGAAAAACAAACAAAAAAAAACCCUCACACUGUAAAACAGAAUGUUGCUGAAAGUGAUGUUAGUCAUCAGGUUAAAGCAUGGUUACAUAAAUGUGUGUAUAUAUUUUUAAAAAAAGAUAUUUAUUAUAUAUGAAAAGUCAUUUGUGAGAAGGAACAAAGUUUUACUUCUGAAGUUUUUAACACUCCCAACACUGUUAUUGAAAUAAAAGAGCUGAAAUGUG